UCUUUAGCGUCAGGUAAGUAAUGCGUUUGGGGACAUACUAAAAACCAACACAUAUAGUCCAAUCGGACAAAAUGUAUCGAAAGUUUCAGUAGCAUAAAUAAAAGUGACUGAAUAUCAUCAUUUCAAAAUUAGACCAAAGGAAAAACAACAAUUUAAUAAGGCGACAAAUGCUCAAAAGUAAAUAAUAUACAUUUGUUAAAGUUUUUAUAUAGUGGUUGAAGUGAAAUAUUUCGACGUUUCGCGAAUGCGUCUUAGCUUUGCUCACUGACGACAAAAAGCGGGAGAUUGAAAUGUUUGUCGUUCGUCUAUCAAAACCAGCUAACUAAAAACAAUGAGUCAUAUUAUUAACAUAAAAGAGAUGCUGAGCGCCCCUUCUGGAAGCGGUGGUGAGAAAACAAUGGACAGGAUUGGGCCUACCAGUGGUUACUCCAGUGCCACUGACUCGCAGUUGUUUUUCGGAUCACAAUGUUGGCCUAAUAAUUCACAGAGUAUGUCUCAGGAUGUGAGUCUCUCUUCUGGUUCACAAGAGGGAAGUGACCCAAAGUUUUCCAACUGUUACCAAACUAAGCCACUUCUGUUUGGAGAGAGGGGUAAAACCAGACCACUUGGAAUACUGGAAAAAUUUGAAGAAGAUAGGAGACGAGAAAAGGAAAACUUUCAAAGCGCUCUUUUAGCUAAAGAACACCAAGAAACUAAAGAAAUUCUCCAAAAUAUUCAACAUCUAGUCACUAAUGCAGAAGGAAAUACCGCUGUGUCUCAAGCCGUCCUGGAAUCAUUGAAGAGGGAUUUAAAUAGUCUUCAGGGUGAAAUAUCCCAGCAAAUAAGGACUCUGGCAGAUAAAGUAAACUCCAACAGUAAGACGAUGACAGAGUUUGAAGAAAGUUUGAGAAAGAGUGCAGAUACCACUGCAGAACUUGGCUCGAGUUUGCAAAGCUUAAAAACUAGUACUGAGAGCUUAAGAGAAGAGCAGAAAAGAGAACAAAACAUGCUUGAAGAGGCCAUAAAGCUGCUUAACAACCUGGUCUCUGAACAGGCAUCUAGAGUCAGUCCUCCGAGGGUAACUGACAGCACCACACAGACAUCACCAGUGCUGGGACAGUCGAUAAAUAGUGUCAUUCAGAAAAAACAGGUGAACGUUCCUCAGGAGCUCAGCUGUAGUUUUAGAAAUCGGAAAAAGACACAAAGGGGUCAGAAGAGACUCAGGAAGAAACCUGUGGCACUUCCACACACUAGUAAAUUCACUGUGCCGGAUGAAAACAGUACUUCAUUCUCGAUUAGCUACUCAGAACAGAAUAUUUCUGUGCCUGUCUGUGAGCACAGUGAUGGGAAGACAGGAACCAGCCAGGAGAGUAUAGAUCAGUCAGUUUUCUUCAGAGAGAAGGGCAACAAAACCUCAGGCUGUUUCUUCAACCCUGUUUCCUGCUGGUCUCAGGACAGCAACAGUUCUGUGAUGUUGGCAAGUGUGGAAAGCAUGUUAGAUAAGCUUUCAGCUGAAUCCAAAUCAGAAACCACAGUAAAACCACAAGGCUUGUGGCAGUUGUUUGACAAGAACUUUGAUUGUUAACAGUUAAUUGAGUUUUUUGUUUGAGUUUGAAUUCAAUUUUUAAUGUUUUGGGUUAUUUUACUUGUGUGUUUUUUGUAUUAUUAUUAUAUACAUUUGUCAUAAUUUAAGCUUUUUUUGGAUAAAAGUAGGAAGAGCUGUGGAAAAUAUUUGCUGGAAAUAAUAGGAAGUUGCAUAUAUCUGUGAGAUGACAUUCCAAAA